AUGAGUUCUGGCGUUGGUUCCGAUCAUCAAAUCUUCCCGAUCCAAGCACUUAAGAUUACGUUUUGGAGUUGGAUGAGUUGGGGAGGAGAACUUGAGGCAGUUGAUGGGAUGACACCUUUAGAUGUAGUUGUCCGGAUUUUAAACAAUCAACCAAGUUCUUUAAUGUGGAUUGAUGAGAAGGCUGAAGAAUUUUCUUCACGUAUUCAGAAAGUUGCCAGCCAAGGUUCUGCUGCAGGUCACGAACUGAUGGAUCCAAAGUUCUGGAAAUCCUUAUAUCUGGAAUUGUGUUUUUCAACAGCUGAGUUUGGGGAGGGAGGGCCUAUGAAGAAAAUCUGAAGCGGAAGGCAUUGUGAAGUGAUAAGGUCAUUCACAACUUGCUUGGGUGUUAUUGUGUGAUUGGGUUUUAGGACUUACAUAUGGGACCAUCACAUGAAUUUAA